AUGUCAGCAGAGCAGUUAAAAGCGCAAUUCGAGGAAGCUUUACAGAAAUAUAAGGAAAUAGAAGCUGAUCGUGAAAAAUACAUCAGUAAUCGGCAACAUCUGGAAAGUCAGUUGACCGAGAGCACGCUAGUCAAAUCGGAAUUCGAUUUUUUGGAUGAAGAUGCUAAGGUGUACAAACUUAUCGGUGCUUGCCUCAUUCGACAAGAUAUUGCUGAGGCUCGAACGAAUGUUGACAAGCGACUUGAAUAUAUUAAUGCUGAAAUGUAA